GGAGAAGCGGCCCCGAUUCGACCAGCGAGAGAGGAGGAAGGGCCAUGCCGACACAAUCCACUCACUAAUGGUUGAGAGCGGUGGUGGAUGGGCUCGGCCAUAUAAAUAGUUCAACUGCUUACUCCCCCGUUCAUACGCGCAUGCUGCUCUUCUGCUGCCUCCCAUCACCCACCGAUUACACCCACACACAUCAAUAACAGCAAUGUUUGUCCGCAACUCUCUUCUUGUCGGCCUUGCCACCGUGGCUACUGCCCGCGACAUACCCGCCAACGUCAAGUCCUUCUACGACACCGUCCGCGCCAAUGGCCAGUGCACCAACCCUCUCAAGUCGGGCUUCCACAGCAUCUCUGGUGACAAUGGCUCUUUCUCGUACUGUGGUGACCACUCUACCGACUACAAGGUCAUCUACCUCCAGGGCAAGAAUGGCCAGCUCGCCAACAUGGACAUUGACUGCGACGGCAUCCAGGGCAGUGCUGCCGACGACGGCCGCUGCGGCAAGUCCACCGAUACCCAGAGCCAAACCUCUUUCGCCGGCACCGUCCGCAGCUACGGUACCAGCCAAAAGGAUCUCGAUGCCAACAUUCACCCUUAUGUCGUCUUUGGCAACGAGGGCAGCCGAGCUGGCUACACCACCUUCAACCCUCAGUCCUACGGCAUCAAGCCUCUCUCCGUUAUGGCUGUUGUUUGCAACAACAAGCUGAUCUACGGUGUCUGGGGUGACGAGAACGGCGAUGACGACGCCGAGGCCAUGAUUGGCGAGGCGUCCAUCUCGCUGGCCACUGCCUGCUUCGGCAAGAGCAUCACCGGCGGCAACGGCUACGACGGCAACGACGUGCUGUACAUUGCCUUUGCUGGCGACGAUGCUGUUCCCGGCAAAUCUGCCAAGUGGGAUGCCAAGAACUACAGCGACUUCGAGAGCUCCAUCUCUGCCCUCGGUGACAAGCUCGUAGCUCGUCUCGGCGGCAACGGCAGCACCCCUCCCCCCUCUGGCGGCAGCUGUUCAUGGGCCGGCCACUGCGAAGGUACAAACGACCCCAAUCACAAAGAGGGCCGUGGUGCGAGGCUGUCCAGCUCUUUGCUCGGCGUCGCACUCCCGCUCGCUCUGGCUACCCAUUGGCUAACGUGAUUCCCCCAUCUAGGUGCUUCGUGCGGCAACGAUAACGACUGCUCCGACGAGCUCACCUGCAAGAGCGGACGCUGCUCCAAGGGCGGCAGCAGCGCUCCCCCUCCCCCUCCUUGCUCCUGGGCUGGCCACUGCGCCGGUGCCUCUUGCAAGAGCGACAACGACUGCUCUGACUCUCUGACUUGCAAGAAGGGCAAGUGUGCUCAGUAGAGAGCAGCCACCCCGGCGCCAAUCUACAAUCGCUUCGGUAGUGGUGAAAGGACGGGUCCCCAACUUGUAUAUACCAAGUAAAAAUAAAGUGUACAUGACCUAGGCCGGGCUACUCUGGCCAGUUACAUAGUGGAAAUAGUUUUUUUCAUUCAUCUAUUUUCUAUGAUUCUCUAUUGCUUCUUCUUGACCAUUUGUAUUCUGCCUUCAACAGUGGGAGCAAUCAGCCUUGUCCAAUCGACAAGACACGCGCCUUUGGACACAGGAUCGCAUGGACACGACUUGACGCCUGCUUUGAUGGCCCAUCGUGUCCAAAACUUGCGCAGCAGAAGCGUCUCAAUGUCCAUCUGGUGGUCGGGGUCUCCGCCAAUGAUGGGCGAGAUGGGCUCCGUCUCCUCCAUGACAAUACCCUCAUCGACAUCGUACGAGCUAUCCUCGUCAUGAGGAGUCUUGGAGUGUCCGAGACGAGCGCGUAUGAAAUCCUGCCAGCUAUCUUCAUACGGUGCAUGCAGCUGUGAUGGGAGCGACUUGGAUCCAUCCCCAGCCUGAUCGUCGUGCUCACCCAUGGGCUCGUGAUGCACACUGGACGCAGUCUCAACCCACUGCUCAGCAAGCUUCUGCCACUUGCCUACCGUACGCAGCGCCAUAAAGUAUUGUCGCAGCAUGGUACUGAUGAGGAUUCCAUUCUCUUCGUCAAUGAUCUCUUCCGCCUCGCCGCCUUCCGACCCGGCAAGCAGGCAAUCAUAGCCAUCUACAAGAACAACAACGUUAGUACAUGUCACUCCCGUUCCUAUCAGAGAUAUAUCAUCGUACCUUUACCUCGCGCCAUGUAUCCUCUAGUAGCGAGAACAUACUUCUUCUCCGGCUGAUAAUCCUCUCCGCCAAUCUUUAACCAUGAUAGUCGCUUUCCGCGCGGUCGUUCUGGGUCAAAUUCAAACAUAAUAUUAGACACUUGCGGGAACCGGCCUUCCAGCGCAGGGUACAUGGAUACGCCGUUCUCCAACGCAUCCCAGAUUGCCUGUCCAGUUACGCGCAGGACGACAAUGGGAUCCUCAAACGGGAAACACGUUGUAACGUCUUUGAUGCGAAUAGCGCCAGGCGGGUAGAUUUGGUCGCCGCGAAUCGUUCCAGAUGCCAUGAUGGUGCAGUCCGCACGGUGAUGCUGCCGCAUAAUGUCACAGACAAAGUUUCCAAUAUUCGAUUCCUUAACUCGAACGGUGCUGAAGCGCGCGUCAAGCGGCAUCGCUGUCCAGCCAAUCGGCUGAGAGAGCGACUUUUGCAACUUGGCUGUAAGCUCAUGGACCAGUUUUGCUGUAGGUUUAUGCUCCUCGACAGAAGACAUGACGUCGCGUCGCCAGAUAUCAAAAUCCCAUUUUCCCUGUUCCUUCUCGCUUCGUCUGGCCUCAAUGUAGCUCAGCUGCUUGAAGUCGGUUCCAGAGCGCAGUAUAUGGGUGCCAUUGAUGUAAUUGUGCUUGUAGAAGUGGUCGUGGCCGCCUAGAAUAAUGUCGAUGAUGCCGCCGGUCUGCUCGGCUAGUUUAAUGUCGUUCGGCUCGCGCUGAUGGCUGAGGCACACAAUAAUCUCCGCGCCCUGCUCUCUCAGCUGCGGGACAAGUUCUUUCGCGGUAGCGCUGGCGGACUUGUAUAUAAGGUUUGGUGGUAAACUGUUAAUUGUGUCCAGCCAUUCUCGUUCGCCGAGGCCAAUGAUGCCGACCUUGAUACCAUUCGAAGUAGUCAUCAUGUGAGUUCGCUUCGCAUUGCCGAGCGGCACGUUGUCGCCAAGCGCGGGAUCCAGUACAUUUGCAAUGAGCCACGGGAAGCUGCACUUCUUGAUCAGAUGUUCGAAUUGCAGCACACCAAAGUCAAAGUCGUGAUUCUAGAGGCAGAGUUAGCAGAUUGCCAGAGAAUUCGGAAUGUGUGGGUUACAAACGCCAACGCAAGCUACAUCAGUCCCAAUAGCGUUUAGUACCGGAACCAUGUGUUCACCUAAGCAGUUGUUAGAGCACAAUUCUCCAUUGUCAUCUUCCUCACGGGGACGUAGCACCUUUUGUAACACUGCUCUCCAGACUUGGGUUGAAAGCGUCUCCGGAAAAGAGAGUCAGUACAUCCGGUUGUCCCUUAAAUUUCUCCGCAUCUUUGUAUUCAUUGCACAUCGUUAUGAACCGCGCGAGGCCGCCGACAGGCUCUGCGCUUGCUGGGUCGACAUGGUAGACAUCGUUGUAAUGCAAGAUUCGCAGGUCGGGAUUGGAGCUCGAAUCCGCUCGGCCAGACGAGUAAGUGACUCUCGGAUCCGCUGUGAAAGUCUCUUGGCCGCUCAUUAUGCACAAUCAACGACAAGCAAAGCGCAAGUCACGGCGAUCAACGAGUUACAGAUCAAAAGACUCGGGAG